AUGUGUAUAUAUCCUGAAAAGUGCAGUGUGGCGAAGCUCUGUGAAACCGAGGUCGUUAUGCGCGAAGGUCGUCUGACUGGUGUGUGGGACGGCAUAGUAAAAGUAGCUCGCGUUGAAGGGUGGCAGAGCCUUUGGCGUGGUCUCUUGCCUACUCUGGCAAUGACUAUACCGUCCCAGGUGACGUACAUGUCGUUCUACGACGUGUUCCGCCAAGCCAUCUUGUCGUUCGAAGCACCUGUUCCGGUAUGGCAGGGACCCAUCCCACGUCCCGCGAUUCACAUGCCCGACUUUCCCUGCGACAUGCCGUGCGAACAUGAUGAGCUAGUGGAUGUGGCACCGGCCAUGUCGUUUGCUCGAGUGCCAUUGCUCAUAGCGUCGCUCAUGAGCGGUGCCUGUGCACGAGCUAUUUCCGCGACGCUCGUGACGCCUCUCGAGCUGCUUCGCACACGGUUACAGGCGUCACAUGGCCGCUCAUCUUUCCUGUCCGUGAUCCAGCCCCUUGGCAUGGAGGUCAAGCAGCAGGGGGUGCACGUGUUGUGGCGCGGACUCUCGGCAACACUUUGGCGGGAUGUGCCGUUCUCGGCUCUCUACUUCACAGGGUACGAGGGCGGCAAGGUUCUUCUUACAGGUCGCGGCUUUGGCGAGAGCCAAACGUCUACGUUCUGGCACGAAUUUGGCAUCUCGUUCAUCGUUGGUGCAUCAAGUGGGUGUGUGGCAGCGUUUGCGACGCAUCCGUUCGAUCUGGUCAAAACGCGCCUGCAGGCCGAGCAGGCGCAGCGGGCUGUAUAUGUUUCUUCACGCUCGCUGUUCUCAGCAUUGCGACGAAUUGUGGUGAACGAUGGUGUGCAGGGCCUGUUCUGCGGGCUGUCGCCGCGGCUCGCGAAAGUGGCGCCGUCGUGUGGCAUCAUGAUCGGUGCUUUUGAAGCUGUGAGCCGACUCCUACGCCAGUCACACGCAUAA